AUGUCGUUCUUUAAACAAAAUUUAUUUAAUGAUUGUAAUAAUGAUAUGAAUGGUAGUAAUGGUAGUAAGAGUAACGAUACUGAAAUAAAGUCCAAUAAUGAGGCUGAGGCCUUUUCACUUUCUUAUUUAAAACACCAUAGAUAUUCUUUGGAUCUACCAGGAAUUGUUCAAUCAAAACUUGGAGCUGGACCUCAGCCACAAUUAGGUGAUGCAGGACCAAAGCUAGUCGUUGUUAUGGUUGGUCUUCCCGCCAGAGGAAAAUCAUACAUUACCAAAAAACUUAAAAGAUAUUUAACGUGGUUACAGUAUGAAACAAAGGUGUUCAAUGUUGGAAAUCUUCGUCGACACAGUUCAAUAAAUAAUAAUAAUCCACCUGGUUCAACAUCUCAUUCUUUUUCAUUUUUUGAUCCUCACAACGAACAAGCAAAGCAAUUGCGAGAACACAUCGCGAUGGAAUGCUUAGAUGAAUUAAUUGAUUGGCUAAAAAAAGGCGGUAGAAUUGGAAUUCAUGAUGCUACAAAUUCAACUAUAACUAGAAGGAAACUAAUAAUGAAACGUAUCCAGCGUGAAUCUUCUUUCAAAAUUUUAUUCAUUGAAUCAAUAUGUACUGAUAAAAAGGUUUUGGAAAAAAAUAUGGCACUUAAAUUAUCAGGUCCAGAUUAUAAAAAUAUGGAUCCUGAAGAAGCAUUAAAUGACUUUAGAAAACGCAUUACGAAUUAUGAAAAAGCUUAUGAAACAAUUGAUGAACAAGAGGAAUUAGAAAAUAUACAGUAUUGCAAAUUAAUUAAUGUUGGAAAGAAAGUAAUUGCACAUAAUAUUCAAGGUUUUUUAAGCGGUCAAUGUAUUUUUUAUUUAAUGAAUUUAAAUCUUGUUGAUCGUCAAAUUUGGAUUACAAGGCAUGGAGAAAGUACUGAUAAUAUACUGGGAAGAAUUGGAGGUGAUUCCUCUGGUGUAUGUGAAGAAAUGACUUAUCAACAGAUAGAGGAAAUUUAUCCUGAAGAAUAUUCUAUACGUAAAAGUAAUAAACUUUAUUAUAGAUAUCCUGGAAUGGGUGAAUCUUAUUUGGAUGUAAUUCAUCGAAUAAAUCCUUUAAUUAUUGAAUUGGAACGAAUGACUGAUAAUAUAUUAAUUGUCACUCAUCGAGUUGUUUUAAGGAUUGUUUUGGCUUAUUUCUCGGAUGUUGAAAAAGAAAAAAUCCCACAUAUGGAUGUUCCAUUACAUACCGUUUAUUGCUUACAACCUAAAGCUUAUGGAACUGAGUUAUUAAAAUGGGUAUGGGAUGAAAAUGAGGAUUUAUUUUUCCAAGGAUGA